CAUCAUGUGUUGUCUAAGUCUAACAAAAGAGUCCCCUCUUCACGCGGAGUCUUGAGUCUUUCUUGACUCAUGAUUGAGUGGUGAAGCUUUUAGUCACACCGAAUCAUGAUAGAGCUGUGGAAGCACUACGAAAAUUGGUAAAGCUGAACCUUCCUUAAUUUGGUCAGCGUGGUGCAAAUUCAAACUUAUUCCUUCUCCCACAUUUCGCAUUUCAGCUAGCUUUCUUGUGAUCUAUCUUUCAGCGUUUUCUUUCACCCACCAAGAAGAAAUGGCUGAAGCAAUCCCGUUUGGUCUUGCACGAAAGAUCAUUGAAAAAUUGAGCUCCACAACUUUCGAAGUGAUCGGAUCUAUCUGGGGUGUCAAAGAUGAGCUCGAAAAAUUGAAGAACACUGUUUCCACUAUUCAAGCUGUACUUCAAGACGCAGAGGAGCAGCAAGACAAGAAUCAUCAAGCCAGGGACUGGCUCAAGAAGCUCAGAGAUGCAGUAUAUGACGCUGAUGAUUUGUUGAGUGAUUUCUCUACUGAAGACUUGCGACGAAAGGUGAUGGGUGGUGAGAAAAUUGUUAACAAGGUACGCACUUUCUUUUCGAGCUCAAACCAAAUUGCUUUUCAUUUUAAAAUGGCUCACAAAAUAAAGGGCAUAAGGGAGAGACUUGAUGCAACCGCAAAUGAUAGGAACAAAUUCCAAUUGAUAGAGCAUCCUUUACAAACAAAGGUGAGGGAGAGGGACCAAACUCACUCAUUCGUACGAGAAGAAGAAGUUGUUGGGAGAGAAGAGGAUAAGAAAAUGAUCAUAGAAUUAUUAUUGAACAUAGAUGUGGAAGAGAAUGUCUCGUUCAUAUCCGUAGUGGGAAUCGGAGGGUUGGGGAAGACCACACUUGCUCAAUAUGUAUACAAUGAUGAGAAAGUGAGGAGUUAUUUUGAGUUGAAGAUGUGGAUAUGUGUCUCUGAUGUCUUUGAUGUGAAAACAAUUGCUGAAAAGAUAAUUGGAUCUGCAACCAGUAUGAAACCUGAAAUCCUUGAUAUGGAUCAUUUGCAAAAUAAACUUCGCAAAGAACUCAACCAAAAGAAGUACUUACUUGUGUUGGAUGAUGUAUGGAACAGCAAUGAGGAAUUGUGGUGUAACUUAAAAAGACUAUUGAUGGGUGGCGCAAAGGGAAGCAAAGUGGUGAUAACUACACGGACCAAAUUGGUUGCAGAAAUUACCAGCACAGUCUCACCCUAUUUUCUAGAAGGCCUGUCAAUUAACCAAUCUUGGUCUUUAUUUAAGCAAAUGGCAUUUCAAAAAGGGCAAGAUACCAUUGAUCCUAACAUUGAAGCGAUUGGAAUGGACAUUGUACAAAAAUGUCAAGGAGUGCCUCUUGCUAUAAAGGUGAUAGGAAGAGUAUUAUACUUCAAAAAAACAAAGGAUGAAUGGUCUUAUAUCAAGGAUAAUGAAAUUACAAAUGUAACUCAAGGAGAAAAUGGUAAUGGUAUUUUACCAAUUCUAAAAUUGAGUUAUGAUCAUCUCUCAUCACAUUUAAAGUGUUGCUUUGCUUAUUGUUCAUUAUUUCCUAAAGAUUAUGAGAUUUCAAAGUUAGCAUUAAUACAACUAUGGAUAGCACAAGGAUUUAUCCAAUCAUCAGAUGAAAAGGUACAAUUAGAGGAAGUUGCUAAUGAGUAUUGCAUGGAUCUACUUUGGCGAUCCCUCUUCCAAGAAGUCAGAGAAGAUCGCUUAGGGAAUAUAACUCUUAAAAUGCAUGAUUUAAUCCAUGAUCUUGCACAAUCAGUCUCAAGGAUCGAUUGCACACUUGUUAAUUCCAAUGCAACAAAUAUUAACGAAGAAGUUCGUCAUUUGUCAUUUCCAUUUUACAAUGCUUCAUUCUUUGAGAAGAAUUUAAGCCCAUUAGUUAAAGCAAAGAAGAUACGUACACUUAUUUUGACGUCCAAUCACCAGUUCUAUAAUAAGAAAGGAGAAGAAGAAUCUACACUCAAAAAACUUAUUACUAGCUUUAAAUGCUUGCGUGUGUUAGACCUACACGGCUUAAGAAUUACGACAACACCGAAUUGUAUAGACAAGUUGACAUAUCUAAAGUACCUUGAUCUUUCCAAAAAUGACAUUGAAGUUCUCCCUAAUUUUAUUAUUAGGCUGUUGAAUUUGCAAACAUUAAAGCUCUCUGGAUGUCGGAAGCUUAAAGAAUUGCCACGAGACGUUCAAAAGUUGGUCAACCUCAAGCAUCUUAAUAUAUAUUGUUGUGACAGUUUGACUCACAUGCCAUGUGGAUUAGGGCAAUUGACUUCUCUUCAGAUGUUACCGCUCUUCGUUGUGAGCAAGGACCCUGCAGCUUUCUCCUCCAAUCAUUCUGGAGGACUAUUCGAAUUGAACAAGCUAAACAAUGUGAGAGAGAACUAUGUGUUAAAAAUUUGGAAGGGGUGAAUGCAGUAGAAGCCAAAGCUGCAAAUUUGAAAGACAAGCAGAAUCUUAGAAAUUUGAAAUUAAGUUGGAAUUGGGAGGGUAAUGAUGGCGUAGACGUUUGUGAUGAGGAAAACUUGUUAGAAGGUCUCCAGCCACACCAUGCUUUAAAAUUUUUGCAUGUGGAAGGGUAUAUGGGUGUGAGAUUUUCGAGUUGGCUUCCUUCCCUAACAGGUCUUGUUAAUCUAAAAAUAUGGAAAUCUAAGGUUCAACAUCUACCACCAUUGUAUCAACUCCCCUCUCUUCGAUAUCUUGAUCUUCGAAGUAUGAUGGAUCUAGAAUACAUAUCUGACAGGGAAAUCACUAAUGAGGUUUCUGAUUUAUUGGCGUCAUCAUCAACAACAUUUUUCCCAUCCUUAGAGUCACUACAACUUUUAGAUUGCCCUAAUCUAAAAGGAUGGUGGAGGACGGAUAUUGUCAAGGUCAAUUUUGAUAAUGAUCACAACAAAGUGGCAAUAACAACAUCAACAUCAAGUCAUCAAAAUCUGCCAUCCUUUCCUUGUCUUUCUUAUUUGCAUAUCUCGAAUUGCAGUAACUUGACUUGCAUGCCGAUAUUUCCUUCUCUUGAAGAUAAGCUAGUACUGAGUAAUGCAAGCUUGAAGCCAUUACAACAAACAAUGACAACGACAAUGAAUAUGACAGGAGCCUCUUUGCUUCCUUCCUCCCCUCCUCUCUCCAAAUUAAAGUAUAUUUCUUUGAUUCAGAUGCAGGACAUAGAGUCUCUGCCAGAGGAAUGGCUGCAAAACUUGACUUCUCUUGAAUAUCUAAAGAUUUGGGCAUGUCCUAGACUAAAAUCUCUGUCCCGAUUUACACAUCUCACUUCCCUUAAGAGGCUAGAGAUUUGGGAAUGCGAGGAGGUUGAUCUGUUUGGUAAUGAGAGUGAUAAUGGCACACAAUGUGUUACCACUUUGCAAGUGAUUAAGAUUUCAAAUGUUCCCCACUUGAUUACAUUACCGGAGUGGAUGGCAAUUUCACAUCACUUCAAAGGCUUAAAAUUAAUGAAUGCCCCAAUUUGACAUCACUUCCCGAAGGGAUCAAUAAACUCACAUCUCUUCAAAACAUUGAAAUUUUUAGAUGUCCCAAUUUGAAAUCACUUCCCGAAGGGAUCAGCGACCUCACAUCACUUCAAAGGCUUGAAAUUAACGAAUGUCCUAAUUUGUCGUCACUUUCUGAAGGAAUGCACCACCUCACCUCUUUACAAAGCCUGAGAAUCAAUAAUUGUCCCCACUUGAAGGAAAGAUGCCAGGAGAGAAUUGGUGAGGAUUGGCCUAAGACUGCUCACAUCCCAUUUUUUCGAUAUUAUGGUUAAGGAUUAAAUUCUUGUUCAGCAACCAACAUGCUUCCACGUCUUUGGGCUCUUGCAGAGACAUCAAUGGUAGCUAGUUAUCUUUUUUGCAAGAACAAUUCAAACUUUGCUAAACUUUAAGAUGGUCAGAUAUUUCUCAAAUUUUAUCUUUACUUAUGCUAAUACUCUUGAGACGAUAUUAAUAGUGGUGGAUCUAGCAGGUUGUGAAAAAGAACUCCAUCGAUUCAAUGAAGGAUUCACAGGCCCUAUGCUAACAUGUGCGGCUCACAUUUCUGCAUCAGCUGGAAGGAAUGGAGAGCUGGGAACAACAUGCAAGGCAUGCUCAUUAGCUGUUUGAGAAGGGUGUGAUAAAGAACCCCACCAAUUCAAUGAAGGAUUUAUGGCCUUAUGGGCCCUCCUAGAUUAUGCCAACAUGGUUGCAUAUUAUUUCUAUCCAAUAUAGAAAAUUGGAUUUUGAAGAAUUUUGAGGCUGCCAUAAGUGUGCAUCAGCUGGAAGGAAUGGAGAGCAAAAAAUAACAUGCAAGGCUCUUGCAAAGGCAUUAACUGUAGCUCAGUUAGCUUAUUGGUGGGAACAAUUCACACUAUUAAGGCCUGGCAUAAGAGGUUCACUCUAUGCAAAACUUAAAUGGGUGUGAUAAAGAACUCCACUGAUUCAAUGAAGGAUUCACGGGACCUAGAUUAUGCCAACAUGGUACGUUUUAUCCAAUGCAGGAAUUGGAUUUUGAAGAAUUUUUUGAGGCUGCCAUGAGUGUGCAUCAGCUGGAAGGAAGGAAGAGCGGGGAACAACAUGCAAGGCGCGCGUAUGAGCUGUUUGAGAAGGAUGGGAACAAACCAAUUAUGACAGGAGGAACUUGCUCGUCACUUUCGAAGGGCAAAUUUCGAUUCAAUUGCUUAGGAAUGCAUCCAUUAUUAACUGAUAAUGGUUCUUUGAUUAUGUUUUCCUAAUGGUAAGUUGGCAACUCAUAGUAACUUGGUUGCUAUAUUGGUAUUUGGAAAUUCUUUUGCUUGGAUUUUGGGUUAGUUUCUAAUUGAGAUACUUGACUGCUUUUAGUUUUUUCCUGGCUUAAAGAGAUA